AUGGAGAAUUGGCUACAGGAGAGCGGGAGGUCUGCGCUUUUUGACGCGCUCGGGGAGGCAUGGAAUCGGAUCGACAGCGACUAUCGGAGUGCUUGCCACGCGGAAAAUGUGAGAGUUGCAGGUCUGGAUGGCGAAAUCAAAAUCCUGAAAGCUCGCGUUGCGCAGGUCGAGUGGCUCGAGCAGAAAAAUAAAGCCUUGCGGGAAGAGUUGGAGCAGCUCAAACGGACCAACCAGAAGCAGCAGCAGCGGCAGCAACAUGGAGACGACCAUGGACUUCUUCAAAGCCAAUCCGAGCCGAGGACGCCUUUGGCCCCUAAGUCAGUAAACCAGUUGCGGAUUCUCGGAAGUUCGAUCAAGCAUGGUGGUCACCCGAAUGUCGGCAGCCUUGGCCACGAUGAGCUCGUCGCCGAGUAUGGCAAGCUGGAGGAGAAAAAUCACAAACUUCGUGGCCAGGUCUCCAUUACCCUGGAAGCGAAUGAGACUCUUCAGAAACAGUUUCGCGAGAAAAACCAAGCUUGUGAAAAGUGGGUGCAGUACGCCAAGACGCUCGAGGCUCAGAGUAAUGCGCGAAAGCAGAAGAUCGAAAGGUUGAAAGCCCGCUUGGCUUCAAUGACCCCCGCUGAUGCUCAUACCGAUACUUCCUUCACGUCCGAGACUUCCCCAGCCGCAGAUGAGGUGCACAACCAAGCAGAAACAAGCUCGCCCAACCUCUUACCCAUUGUGUCAAGAGGCGGCACCAACCGCGAGCCAUUGCCGUUUAACAGGAUGCAUAUAUUGGAGCGGACACCAUCUUUACCGCCACUCCCGACUGCCAAGGACGCUGCAGCUGUUACUUUAGCUGACCAGACUCCGAGCAAGGAGCCUUCUUCGGACACACCCGUCGUUGUUUCCGAACGAUGUGUGCGCAAGAGACGUCACGCCGACCAACCAUCUACCCGGACGCCAGCUACCACGCGAAUUAAAUUAGAAGAAGGCUCUGACCCCGUCGUGACUAGUGAGCAAUGUCGAUUCAUGGCCCAUGACAGCGUUGAUUUCGAUAAUGCCGACGAUAGGGUGGUGACGCCAAGAAAGAGUAGACAUUUUCGCUCCCCGUCGCCGACGAUCAUACCUGCUGUCGCGUCAGCAGUUUCUGAGACGGCGGAUGUCCCGCAGCAUGACGGCGUGGUCCAGCGUCAGGAGCCUGCCUUGCCGAAUGGACCAACAACAGAAGCAAAUCACAAUCAUAGACUAAUGGAGAGGUCUUCUGCUCUGCUCCCGUACAAUCACCCAAGACCUAGCCUUGCCAUGCCAAAGCCGGUGCGAAAAGCAAUCCUGAGAUCCUCCUUGCGCGAAGGCAUAGCAAGUCUAGCCGAGGAUGGUAAUGCCAUUAUGGCCGCAUGUUCUACGGCUGAUAGGCCAGAAGUCAAGGCUGGUCGCCUUGCUGGACUGCUAAACAAUCCGGCCCCACCAGAGAAGGAAGCUAUUCACAUCCCAUGGCCAUGGAGUGCCUCGCCACUAAGAGAGGCAACCACUUUUCCUGAGGAACCCUUUGAAAAGAGAAAAAAGCGGAAACUACCUAGCGAAUGGCAAUUACCAAACAGCGAAUCCCCAAAGACCCCCACGGUCAGCAACAAGGAAACUCCACCAGCUGGCAAAAACAGGAAGCUUCCUCCGGGGUUUAAAAAACCAUGGCCCAGAAGAGAGGAGGUCCCUUUGCGUGAUCGCCCUGUCGAAAGUCUGAAUCGGGCAGAUUUCAAACUCAACCCGAAGUAUAACGAAGGGUAUAACUAUGCCUACAAUGAAGUCGUCCGUGGCAAGGAUCGUGCUGCGCUUCCAGGUUGCAGCAAAGAAGAGUGCUGUGGUAAGCUCUACCGCCCACUGGCAGAACUCGAGUUGGCAAAGACCAUGUUCAUCGACGUAAGGAACGAUUUGGAGGCGCAGCUGGGAGAUGACGCUUGGAAGCUGAGCUCAAUGAUGAAAGCAGAGAUGGAGAAGCUGUGGGUGGAUACCAAAAUCCGAGAGAUAUCACAAAAGUAUGGCAGACACCGCGAACGUCAUAGUGCCAUGCAAGAGCCGCCGGGAUGGGAUCGGGUUGGUUUUCCUAGUACACAGGAAGAAGCAGAAGACCGUGAAAAAGCCAAGCGACUGGAGUUGGAAGAGGUUCAAAGACGGCAUAACGAGGCAUUGAAGAAGGGGAAAUACCUGUUUAGAGAUGAAGAACCAUAA